CAAAAUGAAGAUGCUCCUGGCCAGGAGAAGCACACUUUCUGGUGGCUCAUAGGGAAUGUAAACACAACCUGACAGACACAGCCAGCAGGGUGGGAUGGGACAGAACAAGGCGUGUCACAGGACAGCGGCAGGUGAAAGCCCUGGCAAGGGACUGGGCCUCCCUGAGGAACUGACUGUGGAGAGCCCAAAGACCAGCUGGGCCGACCCCGGAAAGACGCGAGGCAAGGAGGAGAGGAACUGAGGCUCUACUAACCAAGAACAAACCACAGGCCCAGAAAGCAUCAUAAAUAGCCAUGGACCUGCCAUGCUCAGCAACUCCAGGCUCCAAGAAUGUUGAUGCCUCUUUUCUUCACUGGUCAUUCAGCCAUGAGACUCCAUGCACUUCUCUUCAUGCUCCUCUUCUUGACCCUCUUAUCCCCAGUAAGAAGUGGUUUGGCUUCUGCUGAAAACAACUGUUUAAAUCUGGCUGGCAUUUGCAGAAGAGACAUCUGCAAAAUAACAGAGGAUCAGAUUGGAGCCUGCAAACGGAGAUGGAGAUGCUGCAGGUCUUGGUGGAUUCUCCUGCCCAUUCCAACCCCACUUGUCUAUUCAGAUUAUCAAGAACCCCUUAAGCAUAGGUUGAAAUGAAACUAGGAAAAACAUCAAAAGGAAAGGUUUUUUUUUUGUAUUCAACACAUUGGAAAAUACAAAUUAAACACUUCCAGCUUUAUUACCACUUCCUACUAUCCCUGUCAAUAAAAAUAAAUAAAUAUGGCCUUCAAAUCUCAA